GACGAAUAUUCACAGUACUUUAGGCAGCCUCCAUGAGUCUUUGUUCCACAAGCAGAGUUGCAGACACGUGGGGGUCCGUGCUACAGCUCUUGGUACCUGUUAUCACCAGGGUGUCUGGUCUUACAAGAACCAGAAUCCACAGAACAUUAACUUAGUUUAUAUAGUUUGGCACUAUGGGAUUGAAGCGACCAAGAUCACUUGCUCAGUCAGACAAUGAACUCUUGAAGGAGGUACAGAAGCAUGUGCGGCUAAAUCUGCAGCUCUGGGGAACCACUAAGGAAGCUGGGGAAAGACUUGCAUCUUUAUACAGUGUUGAGACACAACAUCUAGAAGAGCUUAUAACAAGAACACUAACUUUAGGAGAGAGCAACUCUGCACUUAUGCUUGCUGCAAGAGGCACUGGGAAGUCUUCACUUGUGAAUACAGUAUUAAAGAGGCUGGAAGAGUCAGGGACACUGACUGAAGGGAUGGUGGUGAGACUUUCCGGACUUUUGCAGACUGAUGACAGGCAGGCACUCAAAGAGAUUACUUGUCAACUGAAACUGGAGAAUGCAACUGCUGAUAAAGUAUUUGGAUCCUUUGCUGAAAAUUUAGCCUUUCUCCUGGAGUCUCUCCGCUGUGGCAGUAAGGAAACUUCCAAACCUGUUAUUUUUAUCCUGGAUGAAUUUGAUUUAUUUUGUCACCAUCAUAAUCAAACGCUCCUGUACAACCUCUUUGAUGUCGCCCAGUCUGCACAGGCACCAAUAUGUGUGUUAGGGUUGACAUGCCGUCUUGAUGUGAUAGAACUGCUGGAGAAGAGAGUCAAGUCACGUUUUUCUCACCGUCAGAUUCACCUCUUCCCACCUGACAAAUUUGACCCAUAUUACUUAGAUACCUUCAAGCAGCUACUGGAGUUAUCAGCCUCAUUCCCUUUUAAGGAAUUUUCUAGAAAAUGGAACUUGAAUGUUGCAAGAUUGGUAGAAGAUAAUAAUGUUAUUAAAGUCCUAAAAAGGUUACACAAUACAACCAAAGAUAUUAGAGCCUUGAAAACACUCUUGUUGCUGUGUGUGUGCCAGCUGAGUGAUGAGCAACCACAGCUGAAUGGCCAGAUGUUUGUGCAUGCCCAGUCAUUGUUUGUCUCCGAGGCCAAGAUCAACAUGUUACAGGGGCUUUCUGUCCUGCAGCUUUGUCUGGUUGUGGCCAUGAAACACUUGACAACAAUUUAUGAAGGUGAACCAUUUAAUUUUGAAAUGGUGUUUCAUGAAUAUCUAAAGUUCUGUCAGCGAAGGUCAUCAAUGCAGAGUUUUGAACGACCAGUUGUCUUCAAGGCUUUUGAUCAGUUGAAGUGUUUAGAGCUGGUACGACCAGUUGACAACACCCGAGGAAUUCAGCGGGAGUACCAGCUUGUACAGCUGAUGAUGACACCGGCACAGGUCACGGAGGCACUAAGGCACCUGUCAGGCAUACCAACAGAUGUUCAACAAUGGGCUGGAUCUUCCUUUGCAUAGAAGUUAGACCAGAUUUAAUAUGCUUAUUGCACUAGAAAUCAUCUUUGCAAGCUUUGGUGUGAGAUCAACAAUUCCUUUAUUUAAAUACUUAAUACUGUUUACCAAAUAAAAUUUAACCACAGCUGCCUUUUUCUUUCCUGGGACUUUCUUGAA